UCGACGGGACACAGACAAAGUUACGCACCUCGGAGAAAGGUCAAUCGGUCGGCUGCUCCGCUCGUCGAGUGCCGGAGCUCUCGUUUAAACCGUGUCUGGUGACUAGCUGGAAAUUCGUCUGCCUCAACGUGGAUAAGAGACUGUGACAACGCGACGAAAGACUCCGUCGUUUUAACCCUUUCUUCUACAUCCGAAUCGUUCACCGUUUUUCUUUUUUCUUUUUUAUUUUUGUUUCACACUUUUUCUCGUGUCGGUUCCUCUUUUGUAAAUUGUAUAUUGUGACACGGUGUGGAAAAGGAUUUUGGUGCCGAUGUAACGGGGCAACGUUCGGACCGUUUCGUUACAUGAUAGUGCACCGUAUUCUUCUGGUAAUUUCGUGAAGAGAGCGGGUUCUCCGUGGCCAGCGGGGAAGAACAGAUGGGCAAAGACAUGUGGAGGCUCUGGUUCACGAAGCUACUGCUGCUGACGGUCCUCUUGCUCCUCGCCGUCGUGCAAACGAGAUCGCAGGGUGAUGAGACAGAAAUCAGGGCACCGAGAGCAGAAAGGGACCUGCAAGGCGUGACCACGGUGCUCCUAGUCUCGGCUAGGCCCGGUAAAUCCGUACCGCCGGUCGGCCUCUUAACGAAAACCGCGCGAACUUUCGUCCAAGAUGGUGCGAGCACCGAGUUCGCCACCCAGGUACUCGGCACCACGUUGGAUAACGGCCGGUUGUACGCCAGAAUCCUAGCAACGUCUAGUAGAGUGUUCUACGACAAGGAGUCCAGCCCGAAUUCAGCCACCCCUUACGUGGUCUAUCCGUCGAGAACGCCCAACGACGAUUGGCAGUUGAAAGUCGCGUUGGAUAACGGGCCUAUAAAAGAGCUGAAGGAUAUCGGGCAAGAAUCGAGCCAGGAGAAAGACUCCAACGAGAGCGAGAAAUCCACGACGAGAUUCGACGAACUGUCCAAAGAGAACGACAUAUUUAGUAGGAGGGAAACGGGCGCGGAUUCGCAGAGGUUUAAACCAGCCAAAGUGAGGACGGCAGAAAAUUUGCCUACUUAUACCGUCAAACAUGAGUACGUCACGAGUACUUUCGAUAAUCCGGACGAAGAACAGCCGAAGAAUUUCAGGCCCAGAUUACCUAAGAUAUUCAAACCUCAAGCAAAAACAGCGACGCAGAAGAAAUUAGAUAUCAAGCCAUUGGCUACGGUGACGUACCACGGCUUCGCCGAGUUCACUACUACUGUUGGUGAAACGGUGAUCGUUUUCUCGCCGAGCACCUCUCCGGCGCCUGUCGGACGCCCAGCGACGACUAUUAAAGGCGACGCGACGCUCAGACCCGACGAAGGGAUCGCCGUGGUUAAAAUCAGGCCUACCAGCGUGGUCGCGGGUCAAGAGAAGACGAUCCAGCAUCCCCGGAAAUCAGAUCCUCGCAGCGAGACGGGAGAUCCUCUGUUGGACGCUAUUAACAGGGCGAAUAUUCAACCGAGCGUUACAGAGGAUUUCGAAGUCGAUGCUUCGACCACGUCUACAGAGCCUCUUUUGUUAGUCCCUGACCUCGAAACCGGAUCGUUGAAACCCACGGGACUCUUGAAAGUCCUCGACUCGACUACAUCUCUCGACGGCACCACUACUCAUUACAAGAGUUUAAUCUACGGCACUUAUAUCGGCACGAAUUAUGCCCAGAUCAUUCACACCUCUUCCAACGUUUAUUUCUUCCCCGACGAAGCUACGGCGAGUUACGAUACCGAAGACACCACCGUCGAUUAUGGAAGCACCGUUACAGAGGAAUCUGAGACCGAGCAGGAUACUACAGUUGAAAUGACGACGGGUACCACGCCGAGGAUAAUCGUUUCCAGUGAAGAAGCUCCUCCAGAGACAAACGAAUUGAUGACUCCGUUGAAGGGUACGACUGACAGCGUCUUAACGACGUUAAAGGACAUUUUAGAGAGCGCCAGGAGAGUCCUCGGUACGACAGAGUCAGCUGCUCCUUCGUUGGACGAUGAAAUUCCGAAUGACAUCGUGCCUGGUGAUCAUCAAGGUCGAAGUAUUAAGGGAAGUGGUUCUAAGAACGAAUUAGGGCAUCGGGCUCAAAAGGGACAGGAGGAGAAAGUGACUCUAGCUACCAGGUUACUUCCUUCCACGGUGUUCAAAACGUUCACGUACUUCACUACUUUCUUCAUACCUGACGGAGAACAAACCACAACCUCUGUAAAAUCCAGGGAAGUCGUCUCGUCGGAAGUUACUUAUUUAACGGAAUUGAUCCUUCCGAGUGAGACUUCGUCCUCGAUUGCACCUACUGCUUUGACCGGGUCCACGACGGGAACUCCCAGUUUGAUAACGGAGGAGGAACAGACUACUAAACAGGACGAGGAAAUAGAAUUGAUCUUCAAAACUCUGUACACGACGUACACGUAUUUGACUACGUUCUUCCAAGAGAGCACCUCCAGCAUUUCGAGUCGAGAAGUCGUCGAGACGAACGUAAUCACUCAGACCGUCGGACCUAACGGAGUAUCCGCGGUGGUCGCGGGAUUGUUCGAGACAGACGAGGCAACGAUAUCUCCUACGAGAAUUUUAGACAGCGUUUCGCCUUCUGUUACACCGGCGAAAACUGAAGAGGGGACUGAAAAUUAUCCGACGACCGUGGAACAGACUACAGAGGAUACACUCACGACUUUGGAAGAACAGGACAUGACCACUGAUCAGAAUAUUCCUACGGAGGCGGGAAUUAAGGAGUUCGAGGAGAAGCAGACGACACCUGAGAUCGAGCCGAGUCCCACGCCAACUGUAGCCACCCAACAGGUGAAGGAGCAGAUCAAGACGUAUUACACGACGUAUACUUAUUUCACGACUAUCUUCGUCGAAGACGAGACGGAGAUCGAAACGCGGACCGAAGUGUUCACCAACGUCGUCACCGAAACUAUACAACCGACCGCUGUGAUUCCAGUUGUACAGGAAACUCAGAAACCAACCACGCCAAAGAGUGAAACUGACAAGCCAGCUGUACCUCCAGAGAUCCUAGCGUACUUGGAAGCAAUUCAGAGACAGAAAUCUCAAGAAGAAGCGAUUCUUUUAGCAAAGAAAGUACAGCAACAUUCGUCUAAUGAAAACGAGGAGACAGAAUCUACGACGGAGCAACCGAGCACUAUGGCUGAUCAGCCGACUACUCAAAACGUGUUUCGCGGUUUCGAAGUGAACGCUCAAGUGACUCCGAAUCCUCCGGUCGAGGGCGAAGUUCUGGGAUCGAUGGUCACCGACGUGGUGUCCUCUUCCAGUUCCGGGGGCGGCACGGUAUUAGACGUGAUGGACAAACGGAACGCCGUACCGGAAGACCAGGAAUUGUCUGAAUCCAAUCAUCACGACGUCGAACCAGCGCCGACUCUUCUGCUUCAGACUAGUUACACCACUUUUACAUAUUUCACGACGAUGUACAAGGGCGACGAGUCGAAUGUGGCCAGCCGUUUGGAAACGGUUACCAACGUCGUGACGGAAACGAUUCGACCAACAGCCGUCGUGGUCCUACCGGAAACGAGUACACUACCAGUGACCUAUUUCACUACCUUUACAUAUUGGACGACUUUUUACAAGGGUGGAGAUACCGUCACUACCAGUCGAGAGGAAACGGUCAGCAAUAUUGUGACACCGGGAGUGACGCCCACGCCUACUGUAGAGCUAGGCGUGAUCAUGACAUACAGACCGACGGUUUCAGAAGGAGAGGAGAAUUUCAAUAGCGAUAAACAGUCCAAGAUCAUUGCUGAUAACGAAGUAACGCCUUCGGAUGUAGUUCCACUGGAGAAUUCGAAGAAAACUGAGCAACUGGAUAUUAUCCCGAGUUCCAAGGAAAUUACUACGGCGCCUACGGAGUCGACUACUGUUCUGCCGGAGCCUACCACAUAUUAUACUACUUACACUUACUUCACGACGUCCUACGUUGGCAACGAGACGAUUUUAAACAGCAGAUUAGAAACAGUCACCAGUGUCUCCGUUCCCGACAUCCUCGCGACUCGCCAAUUGGCGACUGGACGAGCGAUAGACGGCCCAGUCUUCAAACAAGCUUUGGCAACUGAGGAUAAACCAGUGACGCCGUCGAAAACUAGCGAAAUCCCUAAAAUUGGUCUAAUCUCGACGAUAAGAUCCAGCAAAGUUAACGACGGCACCACUACUCAUUACAUGACCGACGUUCACGGAACUUACAUCGACGGAUUGUACGCUCAGGUCGUGGAGAGUUCGACUAGACUCGAAACGCCGACGCUCCCGUCGUCCGUCGCCACCCCGGUGUUACCAACAGGAGUCCUGUCGAUGAACAAAGGCAGCGUCAUAGACGCGGACGAAGUCACGACUAUCUAUUUCACUACUAAACAGAUCGGAACACUGUUCGACGGCCUGUACGCAAAAGUUAUCGAGAGUACCUCGAGCACUAAGAUCGACGAAGAGAGGAAAUCGACGAUACCACCAAUUCAUGGUCACAGGACUGGCCUGGUGAGGCUGAUCCAAGGUCAGAUAGAGAAUAACGGCACGACGACGUUCUACCAGUCGAAAGUGAUCGGUACGAACAUCGAAGGUAGAUAUGCUCAGAUCAUAGAGAGCACCUCCAGCUUCCUGUCUUCAACUCCUACGAUCGGUAUCGCUCCUACGUCGACUCUGCCGCCCACGAAGCCGACUGAAAUCCCAGAAAUCUCGCCUUCGCCAGCGGUGAUACAAUCCUCGUUGUCAGAGGAUCCUACGACGGAAUCCCCCGAUCAGGAGGAGGAUUCGGAACAGAACGAAGAGAGCGACGAGGAGGAUGAAGAAGAAGAAGAUGGACAGAUUUCUAAAAAGAAAUCCAGAUUAACGUUCUCUACCAGGAAGAGGACCUUCACUCCAGUGAUCAGGCCGUUCGCUUCGCGGAACAGACCUACGUUCAAUCCGAAACGAAAGGGUGCGCAGGGUGCGACGACUAUUACGAGGACGGACAUAACUCCAACGAUAACGGCAACUUUGGCAGGGAAGGGCAACAGGUUCGCAUCUUCGAGGGGUCGCAUCAGCUCGCCGAUAGGUCCUUACUCCUCGACGUUGUCCCCGUCAGGUUCUAGGAGAUUCUCCGGGAGAAGAGGAUCGCCGAAUACGGCUAGUUCGUCGUCGUCGACGGUGACGGGAAGCACCCGAGGCAGAGCUCAGCCUAGAGUAACACCGUCGUCGGUGUUCCAAGGAAACAGGCGCGGGCCAACGUCGAUUCGAGGCUCCUCCGCGAGAAUCGCGUCCCGUGCGUCAAGUUCCGUUUAUCUCGGAGCAACGACUAGAUACAGGCCACCGAUCAGACCGUCGUCCACUUUGCCGAAGAGUCAGGCGACGGCCAAGCACGACGAUCAGGAGAAUGAUGCUAAUGAAUUUACCACGACCACUUUAGUAACGGAGGAAACGCCUUAUACGGAGGAUGCGGACGGCGGGGAGACGGUGACGACGCCUCUGCAGACGACGACCGAGUCCUCGAGGAGAUCUACGAAUCCAUUGUUAAGAUUCCGUAGGCCGAUAAACUUGAAUAAUUCUGGAAGGACUGGAACGACUCCGAGGCCACCGACGACUUCUAGGAGGAACGCAAAUCUGAAUAGAUCGACGCCGUCCACUGUUCCCAGAUCUACCAGUGUAAGAACCACUGCCAGAACGAAUACACCGAUAUCGUCUAGGUCAAGGCAGGCUGGCGCGGGAUUGUUCCCACCCAGAGGAUUAUUCGGUAAGAAGCAGGAAACGACGACCGAGGAACAGAUAGAAGCAAAGGAAAAUCUGGAAGGGGAAGGUGAGGAGCAUUUAGAAGACGAAGCAGUAGAUGAGAUAGCAGAUAACGAUUACGAAGGCUCCGAGCAUGAAGAUAGAACGACGAAUCGUCGUUCGGGUAAAUCUAUCAAAUCACCAGUACAGAUUAGGCCGUUCAGUAGGUCGAGAAGAACGCGUAGACAGGCGAGUCAGUUGAGAUCGUUGACCAAUCGAUUCCGUCGUCCCGGUCAGGGUUCAUCCAAAGCCGAGGACAAGUCCGACGCGCCUGAGGAAGUCGCUAGCAAAGAGGAAACUUUGAAAAGUAAUUCCAAACCCAUCGCUCGGUACAACAACCGUGCACGAUCGUUGCCGUCGACUCGACCGCCGACGAAGUCUAACAAUCCCGAGAAGACGUCGGCGGAGUCGACGGACGUAGGGCAGAACAAAGUUCGGAACAGGAAACAGAGUAGCAACGAAGACAGGAGUUCUUCUCCUCCUAGGAUAAAACCAACGCCGACUUCCAAUAAUGGUAGACAGUUCACUCUGAGAGAGAAAGACGGGAGCUCUUCCAGUAGAUCUAACUACAAGAGGCCAAGUUCGACGACGUCUAGGUCUAACGGUCGAUCCACGAGCAAUUCGGAACGCGUGCGACCAUUGCGACUUCGAUCUGGAUCGAACAAAUCUACGGAAUCGACGAGCUCGAGACGCGUGCCUCCGUCUCGGUCUUCUUCGAGGACUUCCAGUAGGAACGGCAGUAGGAGAACCUCCAGUAGAACCAGAGGUUCUUUAGGCGACAUUAGAGAAGCACCGACCAUCCAUCCAGAUUUCGAUGGAACGAUUACGGUGACGCAUUACGUGCCUACGGAGGUGACGAUCCCUGUAGUAAACAACGGCGUGACGGAGCACCGGAAUAUUGUAACCGCCCAAGCGAGUACCGAGGUUCUAAGCCCGUCCCAAUACAGUACGGUAACAGGCGGCGACGGCAGGCCGUUGGUAGUAAUCGUUAGCGAGGUGACUGGCACCAAUGCUCAAGGUCAGACCGAGGUAACCCGAUUCCUCCUCCACGAGACGCCCACCACCCGAGUCUCGCAUACGUUAACAACCCUCGGCGGUCGUAGAGCGUCCCAAUCCGUGAUCGUACCGACCACUGUCUACUCCGUAGAGAACGUAGUCUCGACGAUACAACCGAGUUUGGCAGGAAACGCGCCCCUCGCUAACAUCCUCCUCUCGCAGCUGCUCCUCGGUCAGUUAGGUCAGGCAAAUCCCUUACUACAAUCGCAGGGCACCCCUUCGACGCAGUACAACACGCGUACGACGUCGUACGUGACUACGAUCACCAAACAGCAGAGUACCGUGAUCCCGUUGACGUUCCGGGGUAAAGAGAUACUGACUACUUUAGUGGAUACGUCGACGAAUGUUGUCACAGCCACGGAGUUCAUUACAGACACGGUCGUGGUCACGCCGACGGCAGCGUUGCCCGCGGCGAACUUGAACUCCUUACUGCUGUUGCUUCAGCAACCACCGAAGAACGGGAACCCGUUGCUGGACCCGUUGUUCGCUGCUCCCCCGUUCACUCAGAGUAACACCCUGCCUGGCGAAGUAGAGACGAGGCAUCAGCCGGCUGAUUCGGAUUACAGACGCGAUGGUUACGAGUACGAGGAACAGGACGACGUUCAGGAGUACAAGAAGCCGUCGAAGUCGAAAAAUAAAUCGAACAACGAGAAGAGGGAAGAGAAUUCGGCGAAGGAGGAGUCGAGCGUGGUCACGUUGUACGUGUCCGGCCGGAGGCCAGGGGAGUUCAGCACUGUUUUGAGUACAGUGAAGGUCGGCGACGUGGCCGCCUCGUCAAGGCGGCGAAGGGACGCGCGAGGGGAGGAUCAGGUGGAGGUGCAACCGUCGAUCCCGGCGUCGCUGCACGCGGGACCGGGGGAGGUCACGAUUCUUACCGGAAGCGAGGACUCGACGGACGCGCACGCGCCGACACAGAGUCUCGAGAGCGUAGUGGAGAACCUGGUCGCCUUUUCAGAUGACUACUACUACCCCGACGACCUAUACCGACUGACGACCAGCGACCCCGUCGCUAGACAACGCGCGACCGACGCAGAGAACGUCGCCAGGCGUCUAGCCGAAAUCGACGACGACUACGUCGAGGAUACGCCUAGGAAACGCGUUAGAAUCCGCGUGCCCGUUGUCAGAAAGAAUGGGAGACAGCAUAAGCUGACGGUGGUCAGACGCAGACCGAUUUCAUCCAGAACCGAGGAGCCAUUGACCGCAACCAGUCAUACGCCCAGGAGAAUCGUCGUGACGCGAGUCAGACCACUCGGUCUGGCUAAUACCAUUCACCCUGACUCGGAAUUAGACACCGUGAAACCUGAAGUACAAGGUAGACACAAAGUGACUAUCACUAGACGUAGGAAGAUAGAAUCGACUCCUACAUCUAGCGAGAAGAGGGCGAGAAUCACUAGGAAGAAGUUGAUCGCUGUUAGACCGGUGCAACCGACACCCAGUUUCGCCAUCAUCACCACAGGCUUCUUUACCGCACCAGCUAACGAUGAAUAUUCCGAAGAAGUGGAAGACGAAACGCCGAGCAGAGAGGAAAUCAGCUCGACGGUCACGCCGGAAUUGAAUGAACCACCGAAUGUGAUCGACAGCAAGCCUGAUGAGAACGAGAGCAUCAUGGAGGAGACUGGAUCGAAGGUGAUAGAGGAGAGCACUGCGAGCACUCCUGUCAUUAUUACCGACAACUUCUUCUUCCCGCCGAGCAACGAUGAAUAUGAAUACGAAGACGAUUACGUGGAAACGACGACCAUGAAAGAAAUCCCUAAAACAGAAGACGUUUCUGACGCUUCGAACACGUCUGCAGCUCCUGAAAAGGAGGAAACGACGGUGGAACAGCAGAACGAUUUGCAGACAACGACGGAGACUGUUGCUGAACAUCAGGCGACGACGGAGUCCGUUGCUGAACAUCCGGCAACAACGGAGUCUGUUGCUGAACAUCAGGCGACGACGGAGUCUGUGGUUGAACAUCUGACGACAGAAUCGGUUGCUGAACAUCAAGCAACGACGGAAGCAGUUAUUGAACAUCAGACGACGACAGAAUCAGAAGAUAAAUCUGAAGAGAUUCUUACAACCGUGAAGCCAAAGGACGAAGCAGUUCCUACCACGACUCAAGAAUUCUCUGAAGAAGAAGAAGAAGACACUUUAACGACGAAACCUCCUGAGAAAAAAGAAGAAGAAUCAUUUGAAGAAGAAGAAGAAGAAAAGGAAGCAGAAGAAGAAGGAGAAGACGAGAAACAUGUAACGACAAUCCAAUUUAUGCAAACUACCGAGUCGGUCGAUAAAACAACGUCAACUAGCACUGAAGAGAAGAUAGAGACAACAACUCAUUUUGAUACAGCAACGACAAAUUCGGAAAAAGAAAACGAAUACCCCGUAUCGUCUACUGAACCUGAAAUUGAGGACACGACAAUUAGAAAUGAGGAUGAAGAACACUACCAUCCUACCAUCACUUCAACUGAAGAUUCCCUUGAAAAAACUGAAACUGAGGAAUUAUCACCAGAAAAGAGUGAAGAUAUUCAACCUCAAAUAGACAUCGAAACUCAAACGACGAAAGUAGAAACAGAAUCGUCGCGCAUAGAAGACACUGAGACGACGUUAAGCACGAAAUUAGAAACCGGAAGAUCCUUCCCAGACAUCGUAAGCUCCACAACUCUGAAAGAAACCUCGACAACAAUACUUAAAUCCGAAGAGAAGGAAGAUAUACAAACGGUGCAACCGAUACAAUCGGUUACCGAGUCCAGUUCACCUUCUGUCGAAUUAUCUCCCAGUUUCGCGAGCGUCCUGCCUCUGGAUACGUCCCAAGACACCAUUACUCCGAGCUACCUCGACGAAUCCGAGAUCCCCAGCGUGAUUCCUCUGGGAGUCGAUUACACGCCGUCGCCUGGCACUUCGGCGACAUUGACGACGUCAAUCACGUCGCCGACGCCCGAGGAAAUCGAGGCAGGGCUGGCCGACGAUCUCUACCUGUCCUUGUCCAGACCCGACUUCCCCGAGAUUCUCCCAUCGAAACCCGUGAAUCACGACGAUACCGUCGGAUCCGACGACACGACUUACUUAGAACCGAGCACGAGCGUUUACUAUACUGAGACGGUGGUCACGUCGACGCGACUUAGGACGUACACGUACGUGGUGACGCAACUGAACGGACUGGAGACGAAAGUUAGCUCGUCGACGACCGUGCGACCGAGAGUGACGACGCUCACGUUGACGGUGCCCGUCACCGUCACCGUGACUCCUACCGUGGAGUCGUCGCCGCACUACUCCGUUUCGUCUGUGUAUAGCCCGGUGCCCGCUGCUGGCGAGCACGAUGGGGUGAAGGACGAGGAGGGUCGAAGGUUAAAUCUGGCCACCCGGGUGAUGUCGAAUGGAGUCGAGGUGAUCGUCGCCGGUCCGACGCCGGCGCUACGUUGGGAGAACUCGGCGCCUCAGCCCACGCUGACGCUGUCCGACGCGGUUGUCAUGAUGCUCCCGCAAGAUAAGCCGAAUGAAUUUGUCACGAAGACGUGCACGACCACUUUCACGUACCUCGCUACUAUCACCAAGGACGGUACUACUACCGUGUCCACCGAACAGCAAGUGAUAGCUAACACGGCGACUGAGGAACGGCACAGGAAGCCAGGAUCGGAGACAGCCGCUGUAACAUUGGAAGCUUCGCCGACGUUGCGCACAGAGGUAUUCAAGACGACGUACACUUACCUGGCGUUGAACACCGAUCACUCAGAUGUGAACGACGCCCUCGAAAGCAGCACGAAAGUUAUUACGAACACGGUCACUGCGCCGCAGCAUUAUCUCGAUAUGAUUUUGGAACCGUCGGAGGCGCCGCGACCGGAAACGAAUACUUAUCUCAGUACCAGGUUGUUGGAGAAAACGUUCAUGGAGGACGGUCGCACCAGAAUUGAAACCACCAGUGACACCGUCACCCAGCUCAUAGUGACAGAGUCAGCACCUCCUCCACGACCGACCAGCGUCACCACCACUUUGACAGCGUUAGACAGUACAGAGGAAAGCAUGACGGACGUCAUGAAGACGUACUACAUCACUUACACUUAUUACAACACCUUUUUGGAAAAGGGUAGUACCGUGGUUCGGACGAACGUCGCGACGUCGACGGACGUUGUUCUGGAGAAAGUCCCCGUGAAGAAAACGACCAUGAAAACAGCUUUGGUCAGUCCAACCCCGGAACCUAUACAAAUCUUCGCUACCAAAACGUAUCUGACUACGUUCACUUACUUCACUACGUUGCUACAGGCGGGACCAGACGGUGAAACUUCCACUACUGUCUCCUCGAGGUCUCACAUCGUGGAGAACGUGGUCACAGAAUCGAUAGCACCGAGUUUAUUGGAUGCUGGGUACAUGAACGCUUUAUUGACAACGGCACACCAUUCUGAUUCGGUUAAAAACGUGGUAACGGGAUCGACGAUCAUCUUCUUCGAUGAAGAGGACCAAAUCGAUCCUACAACGAGCACCAGCUACCAAGAAGCGAGUUCAACGGUGGAAAUUCAAAAAGACGAGACGAUUUCAGCGAGUUUGGUAUCCACCGAGGCAUCCUCCGUCGCUAACGAGCAGAAUUUGAAACCUUCUGAACAGAUCCCUCAGGAAAACAACGUGACAGUUUCUAACUCCGACUCUGUCCAGAAUAAGAAACCAACUAAUCAAAACACGAGCGAUUUACAAAUGAGCAAUCUUCUCAGUUUGGGAUCAUUGGGUAUCAAUAGUUUGUCGGCUUUAGGCCCGGUGAUUACGGCGAUGGCUGGUCUGCUGCAGGGAAAAACAUCGGCAACUCGUAGGAAUGACACGGUUUCGCAGGCGGAGGUUCAAGAAGCGACCACGCAAAGAUCGCCAAUUUAUAUUCCCGUGGCUGAGUUCGCUGACGGAGACAUCGAGACUGCCGAAAGUCAAAACAUAGGUACACAUUUGGUAAACGUGAACCACAAUUACAUCGCCGAGACUCGUCACAAAGUAGCGUCCAGCUUGGCAGAUGGGAUUCCGAUCUCCCCAGGGGAAGUGAUCACAGCGAACAGCGACGUGAUCAUAGGAAAACCAGGGAAAAUGGGGCCAAGACCGCCUCAGACGUUCCUGGAAGACGAAGAACACAUCGGGAUGAAGCCACCGCCGUUACCAGUUCCCAACAUCCCGGUUCACCCAGUUUUAGAGGUGUUGGAGAACGACAGAGAGGACAGUCAGGCUCAACAGACGUCUCAGAGUCAACGUAUAAGCCCGCAGAUACAAAUAUAUCCCGCGCAUCAGAUUUACGAGGAGCAUUUAAAGAUACCAGUGUCCAUGCCGGUCGAGACGAAUCCCACGUUGAUACCCAAACAGCCUCAGAAGUUGCUUCCCGUUUCGGUUCAAUCGUCACCACCUAAGAGGAUGGGCUCGAAACAAGAUGUGUUGGAAAAUGAUCCUCUGUUGAAGCCUCCUAACAGACCGAACGUGGAGCAGUAUGCGAAUCCAAAUUCGAAUCUGAAGGAACCGGAAUGGAGUCCUGAAAAACCGAGGAGGCCUUGGAGCGCCAAGGAUCCUUCGAGGAUUCCGCAAUUUGAUCACAAACCCGAGGCAGAAAGGCCAAUAGGAAAACCAUGGUCAUCCGACGACCAGAUAUGGCCCCCAUGGUCGCUUAAAAAUCCUCUUCUUCCGGAUUCGCACACAGUUAUCCAAUCUUCAGAGCCGAAACCUGCAUCAGGUGAACCCAUAGUUCACCAAGUGCCGCACGUGAUCGACAGAUCGACGGGGCAGCCUUUACUGGUCAACAUCCAGCCUAGUCAAGUAGCCAACGUAGUGAUUCCUCAGGGUGGGACUCAAGCGCUGAUAUUCGGAGACACGAGCGAGCCGCACAUCAGUGGCCAGUAUUUCGACGAUCCAUUACCGUACCCUGAGUCAGAAGUUGGUCUAGGAUUUGUUGGAAUUCAAAGGGUGGAAGAUCUACCACAGUAUUCCAACGGUAAGGACCCUGCGGAUUACAUGGUUCCCCCAUCGCCGCCUCUGAACUUCAAAAUUCCUGAAAAGCACUCUCCCAAUCAUCCAGCGACGAUUCCCCUGACACCGAAUCGUUUCGAGUACGAGAAGCCGCAGGACAAGUUGAACCGACCCGAGAAGAAGCCUUCAGACGUACACGUGAUCAAGCAUCCCGACAACUCUGGUGUCUUGGGUGGUCAGGGGCACGUGCACACGGAGAUUCUGGUGCAUCACAGGCCGGAAACCGUGAAUGUCCGUCCUCAAAUGCAUCCUCACGUACAUUCCACGAAUCAUUUGCCACCGCGGGGACAAUACUCGAAGAUUCCUAAACCAGGGGAGUCCGUCUCUCCGCCAAGGAGAACAGAAUUGUCAAAUCCGUCCGACAAUUCGCACAGAUACAUUCUUUUGGCUAAACCAGACUCGGGGAAUGAAAUUGUUUUAAACACGAAUUGGAAAGACAAGAAACCACCGAGGCUCCUGAUCAAUAACAGACUGAGGCCUCGCCCGCCGUUGAGAUCGACUACUAGCCGUCCUUUGGACAGACCGAUGUACGUGGAGAGGCCGAAUAUCAGGAAACCUAUGUUCAAUGGGCCUCAGAGGCCCCCGGCGAAGACGCAAAAUACGAACACGUUCGUGCUCCCUCAUCGACCGGUCGCCAAUCCUCAAAUCCAUCACGAACCGCCGAGAACAAUCAGCUCGACGCCUGGAGAUAAGUACGUGACUGAUAGGCAACCAUCUUUCGGCUCCCAUUCUCAGGUGGACCAUCGGGACAGACCAGCUCAGACGCAUCACGAAAAGAGACCAGGAAACCAAAUGAAGCCCCAGGCUGAGAGGACAGAGGAGCAUCUGCCGACUGGUGCAGUGGGAUAUCACAAUCCUUCAAAUCCAAAAAUAAAACAAGAAAAGCCGAACGAUUCUCAAAUACAAAAUGCGGACCAUUCGACUGAUCAAGAACAGCCAGAAAUUUGGCAGAGCAACACUCAAACGGAAAAGACAUUUGACUCUGAAACCGCGUCCUCCGAAUCGGUGAAUUAUCACGAUCAGAUUAAGGAAUCUGAGGAUAGGGACAAAUCAACGGACGAGACGUCCACUCAUAAUCGUGGUAACAGUACGUCGUUUAAGAAUCCUGAUAACACGGUGAUGGGGAAACCAAUUGGAAGCAUGGACCAUCGACACGAGGAGAAAGAGAAGCCUGUCUGGAUAAGUGCUGGAGCUCCGUUUAGCCAUAAAAACGAGGACACGUCCCCUCAAACGCAUUACUACGACGUUAAGACUCACGAGCUUCCAAUUGUCCAAGGGAAACCAUUUGGCGUGUACACUGGUCACGAGAAUACUAAUUACGGUUACAAAUGGAUGGAAACUAAACCCGAGUACGACAUAGUGCAAGGUGUGCCGACCAGUUAUUACGGAAACAAAUCUCCUGUUGGUUUCAAGAACCAGCAGAGUGAACAGACAACGCCUAGGACCCGCGACGACACCAUUGACUUGAAACCACCUGCGAUCAUUCCUCAAUUUGUUCCAGAAUCGGACAAGCAUAACAGACCAUAUCCGAGGGUUCCUACUGUAAAUAAGAUUGAAACGAGACCUGUGUUACAUUCCAGACCGGAUGGCCAAUUCUUGGAGACGCAGUCUAGUCAGGAUAAAUCUGGUACCGUAGAACCGUUCGCAAAUAGCAGUUUAACAUAUUCGGACAAGAAUCAGAGUCACUUGCAAUUAGGAGGAUUCGUCGAUCUAAACUGGGAUAGUGGAAGGAUUUCUAAUAAAAGCGAAGUUACGAGGAAUAAUUCUAUGCAUCAGCAAUACUCUCAGACUGGUGAAACCGUGAAACUGGGAUCGGCGACAAGAAUUCAUCCGGAAUAUCCUCAUAUAAUUACCAAGCCGAAGCCUCAAGUGCCUGAACCGAUCACCAUUUCAACGAACAAGAAACCAGAUUCCCGGCCCAAUAUAAGAUUCUCCAUGCCUGUGGAGGCUAUAGGCGAAGAAACUGAUAGUAAGACGCAGACCGAGCGUCCGCCGAGCAUGCUGAUCACUAACGAUAAGAAAACUGACGAGAAGACGGACUCUACUUAUCAGACAAGCUUCGCUCCAUCGGAAGUUAACAAGGGGAACGAAGGGAACAUGAGAAUAAGACCCGUUGAUACUUCUAACGAUAUGUUAAAUAAUAUGGAAGGAAUGAGUGUGCCUUCUAGAGACAUGAUGCCUCCACCUUUGAGGCCAGUCGUCGGAUCGAAUCAGUCGAACAAAAAUGAGGAAGAAGAUUUAAAGCCUCCGCCGAUACCUUCGAGGGACGUCGUAGGUUUAUCGCCCCCACCAGUUGAUAUCACCACGACCGAUGGUCCUAUGGAAGAUAGAUUUUCGUUUACGACUGACAACGAAUCUGGCUUGAAGCCACCGCCUAAGUAUAUUCCUUUGAAGGAAUCUUCUGCUGCGCCUUUGCCGAGCGUUACUAUGGUGCCUCCUAGCCCGAGACCUUCCGUUACCAGGCCUUUCAUCGUAGAAUUACUCUCUCAAGACAUGGUACCUCCACCGCCGGUGACGCAAACGACUAGGCCACUAGAAAUAGCCACGGUGAGGCCAGCGGUGGCGGUGUCUGGCUCGAUUCAAAUCGCGACGGCUGUCGCAACGUCUCACAUACCUGUCGUACACGAUAUCGAGUCGAAGAUACCGAUCAUACACGGUACCGUCGAUCUCCCGGUGGUUGUGGACGUGCCCGAGAUUCUCAGACCGGUUGAAACGAGAAUGACGGAGCAUGUUAGCAUUUAUACCGUGCGACCCUUCGACACCAGGCCCGUUUCCAGAGUUUCGAUACAGCCGACCCCGACGCAUUCGACGAAUCUAGUGGUCCCGACGAAGCUCAGACCACUACAAGUGGACCACAUCCAGCCCAGCAGGUCUUCGUCGACUCGAGACGUGGAACCGACCCGGUCUCACAAUUUCGAUAUCUCUCGCAACCCGGUUAAACGUCCGGAGCAACCGGUAUUCCUGGAAUCCAGCCACGACAACGUUCCGCCAUCGAGCAAAGUGGAACCUACGGAGAGUUUGACUCGCGUGGAGACCACGAGUCAGGCGAAGAAAGAACCGCGGCCGACGAUGACGAAGAACGACGCCUCGAAGGUGGUGGUCGUCCCGUCGGCCACGGGAUACAAACGGAAGAACGAGACGAGCGAGUCGAGGGAACCGAGCGUGGUGACCAGGGUUGACAGCUCGGUAACGAAGGUAACGAGCACUUUGUCGGAGGACAUCGACAGGAGGAACGAGCCGGUGAUCAAGAUGACGAAGGACGUUAACAGCGCGACGCGCGCUGUCAAUGGGACCACGACAAUGCGCAUGAAGCCCAAAGAGGUGGUACGAUUCCAAACGUCGACGGUGACCAGGACGGAAACGUCGGUGCUCGGUACUCCGCCCACGACGCGAACUUUGCUCCUCACCCACACCUUGACGUCGACUACCGUGGAAACGGUGACGGAAACGUUGCUGCGUCCGACCAGCGUGAUUUCCACGAUCACGUCGACGAUUCUCCAAUCGGUGGUGUCUCGGGUGCCGUCGUCUUACGAAAACGCAGUUGAUAAUGACUCGAUAUUCGUGGUGAUAAGCGAUCAGAAACCGCCGGCACCUGGUGCCGAAGAGGUGGAAGCUGAGUAUGGCGAUGAAAUAUCGCGAGAUGAACAAGAUCCAACUGGAAACGAGAUUCACAGGGUUCUGGCUGGUGGAGUCCUCGGAGCACCCGUUGUAUCUCUUCAACCUGUUACCAAUCAAUGCACACCUGAAUGCAGAGCAUCCAAAGCUGAGAUAUGCGCCGAGGCCGGUGGUGAAAUGAGAUGCGUCUGUCGCCCAGGCUUCGCGAGGAUGUUCCCUGACAGACCUUGCAAACCUACUUACACGUACACGUUAAGAGUCGGCUUGGACCGUAUUGGACACGAACGAGUGAUUUACGAGCCAGGCCUGAACGAUUCAACGUCAACGGCGUUCAGAAGGCUGACGGGACCUACCAAGGACGCCCUGGACCGAACUCUGAUGCAGAGCGAUCUCAGGGAUAUCUACAGAGGGUUGAAUAUCGCCGGUUUCUCGUCCGAUCCGACUAAAGUCGAAUUCCACGUUCAGCUCAGCGAGAAUACGAACGAAACCAGAUUAAAAGAGAUCCUUAGGAAGUAUCUAAUCGCCAGCAAUUAUAGUUUGGGAGGCACCGAGGUCCACGCUUCGAAGAAUCUCAACGUGAUCGAUGCAUUCGACUUUGACGAGUGCGCGACGGAAGACGGUGGGCCGCAUCACGAUUGCUCGCCGAACGCAGCCUGUUUCAACCUACGAGGCUCUUAUCAGUGUUCCUGCAAGGAGGGCUGGGCGGACCUAUCCGAAAAUCCUGCUUAUCCCGGUAGACUUUGCUCUCAAGCACCCUUAGGUUGUCCCAGUUGCAACAACAAGGGACACUGCGUGACCAAUACCAAUGGCCAAGAGGUCUGUGAAUGCUUCCCCUGGCACAGUGGUCAGAGGUGUCAAGUUAAUCUCAAAGUGUUGCUGAUAGCUCUGGUUACAACUGGAGCAAUAUUACUCGGGCUUCUGGCAGUGUGCGUGGGCAUGGCGUGUUUCCGUCAACCGGGCCGCAGGCACAGGACCGGCGACAGAAGGGCGAUGAUUCCUGGAACCGGCGGCGACACGAGCAGCGAGGGUAGCGUCACGGAUCUGGCGAUACCUCACCACGUGCCGCACGUUCUGCCGCCACCCCCGCAAAUGAUAGCGCCCUUGCCGCCCACUAAAAGACCCGUCAGGAAAAUCAGUGCGAAACCCAGGCAUCCACCGAGGAAAGCAACGAUGAUACCCGCAUCAGUGCCAGUAAGCGACGAGCAGAGGGAUCGUUCAUUGACGGUAAUGAUACCGCGGGCGAAGUUCCGUUCGGCACCCCAGUCGCCGCAGAAUUACAAAUCCGGGAUGAGCACGUUCUCGACGGAGGAGCACAAGCUGCUCAACUAUCUCGACAGCGGCACGCACAACACCGGAAACAGGAAGCAGAGUAUAUCCAGCGCGAAGGACUGCAAGGAGACCGACAUGCAGAUCGCCAGGACGCAAUCCACGCCGUCCGGUGCCCUCGUCAGCGCCGGCUUUCAGGUGUCGGCAACGGUGACCCGGCCGAUGGACGCCGAUUCCACGUUGGCUCGUUCCUGUGGCGAGACGACGGUCGAGACGGCGACCAAAGUGCUGCGUACCGGCGACCUCCAAGCCGACCAGUGCUCGACGUUGGCGCGUUCCUGCGGCGAAACGACCAUCCAAGCGCCGACGAAAUUGUUGAGGCUGGACUUAGGCGAGGCCGGAUCGACUCUCGCCAGGUCUUGCGGCGAGACAACGAUCCAGCCGCCGACGAAAGUGGCCGAGGCGCGUAGGAACAGCGUUAAGGACGCCAGAGACAACAGGGACACCAGAGACAGCGCUAGCGAGGGGCACACAAUGGCCGAGAGGGAUCUGGGAAGCACGCUGAGACUUCCGGCCCAGCAUCCGCCUCUCUACAGCCCGGACAGGGUGAGUUACCGCGGAAAUAUGAAACUCGUAUAGUCGUCGAAGUGCUUGGGACAAGGGUCGCCAAACCU